AUGAAGGCUUUAAUUUUAUUGUGUCUCCUCGGCCUUGCCCUUUCCCACACGGCAUCAGAAUGGGCCUCACGCACCAUUUACCAAGUUUUAACAGACCGCAUGGCCCGUCCAGACGGUGAUACAAGUGGUUGUCCUAACCUUUCCAACUACUGUGGAGGAGGUUGGGCUGGAAUUACCAAUAAUCUCGGCUACAUCCAAAACAUGGGCUUUGACGCCAUCUGGGUUUCCCCAGUCGUGACAAAUACUCCAAAUGGUUACCACGGGUACUGGGCUCAGAACUUCUUUACUUUGAAUUCGAAUUUUGGCUCAGAGCAAGACUUCAUUAACUUAGUUUCUGCCUUGCACGCCAGAGGCAUGUGGAUUAUGCUAGAUGUGGUGGCAAACCACGCAGGGCCGACUGUUGAUACAAAUCUUGAUAACACUAAUGUGAUUUCUCCAUUCAACCAGUCGUCAUAUUACCACCCAUUUUGUAAUAUUGAUUGGAAUAAUCAGUACAGCAUUGAAAACUGUUGGCUUGCGAGUUUACCUGAUUUGAACCAGACCGUGCCAUAUGUAGGCAAUACUCUUUUAAGCUGGAUUAGCUGGAUUGUUACCACUUACAAUAUUGAUGGUCUUAGAAUUGAUACAUGUAUGGAAGUUCCAACAUGGUUCUGGUCACAGUUCGCAAAAGCAUCUGGAGUUUAUACAGUUUGUGAAGUCGACAACCCAAGUAUCAGUACCAAUGCAGGAUACCAAGGAAUUGUGGACGGGACCUUGAACUAUCCUUUGUAUUACUUGAUAAGGGAUUUAUUCCAACAAGGGCAGUCAAUGUACAAUGCAAGAUCAUUCAUGCAACAGGCAUCAUCAGCCUUUUCCAAUUUGAAUUAUCUAGGAAACUUCGUAGAUAAUCAUGAUAAUCCUAGAUUUUUAUAUCAGUACAACAUGAUAAAUAGAUUCCAAAAUGCAAUUGCAUGGAGUAUGACCUGGCCUGGAAUUGGAAUUUUAUACUACGGCGAUGAACAAGCCUAUGCAGGCGGUAACGACCCUUACAACAGAGAAAUUCUUUGGCCAAACCUCGGAAACACUGGUUCUCAAAUGUAUACAUUUGUGACCAAAGUUGUCCAAUAUAGAAAAGCCAACCAAGUCUGGAACUACCCAUGGGUUGAAAGAUACGCAGACGACAAUUUCUACUGCUACACCAGAGGAUUAGCGAUGAUGGCUUUCAGUAACACCAAUAACAACCUUCAGUACAACGUCACUUAUCAUCCUUACCAAGUUGGUCAAGUUCUUUGCAAUAUUUUCUAUUCAACAGACUGUGUAACUGUUCUGUCAACUGGUGUGCCUGUUUACUUAAAUGGAGGAGAGACCAAGCUUUAUCAGCUGCAGUCUAAAGAAACUCCUAGUGAGAUAUAA